CAUUGCUCCAUAUCUGCCCCAUCAUGAGCUUUACAGUGAAACAGUUUAUAAAUUGGUGUAAAUGAAUUGUAAGUCAUCUGCAUAGGCUCCUUGCUUCUCUGAAUCUUAAGCCUCAGAAUUUGCAUUGUAUUUUUUUGCUUUAGUUACCAUGAGAAGAGCCGGCUUCUUGUUGAGGAAUAAUCGAAACAAAAAAAUGAAGAUGGGGUGCUUGAGAAUGAGAAAGAAGGUGAAAUUUGCUAACUUUUCUGUACAAAGAAAUCUUUCUACUCUGAGAAGGAUCAUUCCAGGUUGUGAAAAGGCUGAUACUGCAACUUUGUUUCAUAAAUCUAUUGAGCAUAUUGUAAAACUAAAAUUCCAAGUUCAUAUUCUAAGAAGCCUGACAAAUUACUAUGGGAUAUAA